AUGAAAAGAACUAGAAAUGAUUCCAGUGAAAAUGACAGAAAGAUGCAAAAGAGUUGUGUAGCUGAUACGGGAGUAGCAGGUCUCCCUGCAAAACCGAAAUUUUCCUACUGCACCCAAAGCUCUCCUGUCGGAGAUGCUAAGUUUAAAGGCCGUGAAAGUGCCGAUCAAGCCUCAAAUGUGGAACUAUUUCCGGGGGUGUCGGUUAAUUUAGGGAGCCAAAUAUCUGAAGCAAACCAGACACCGUUAACAUCUACACAAGAUAAUUCCAAUACUGUUUCGAGUGUACAACCAACUCCCGAAGCUUUGCAACUUUUUGGAAAUAUCUUGAAAACACUACAAAGCCAGAAUCAUAGCCAAACCCAGAUAAAUUGUAAUAUGCAGCCACAACAUGCGCCGCAAUAUCAGAAUCAAUACAACUGUUAUCCCAAUCAACAGUUUAGCGGCCAAUAUCAAGGUUAUCAACAAGGAUACAACAGUGGGUACAAUCAGCAAUACUAUAAUCAAUAUAACCAAUAUGGAGCUUGCUUACAGCGACAACCGUCUUUAUAUGGAGCACAAACAUACCCACAACAGCUAAAUUCUCAUGUAUCUCAACCAACCCAGCCAAAUCAGCAAUAUGCACAAAAUCAAGACCAAUCUAAUGCCCUAAUGAACGUCUUCACAAAGUUUUUACAAAAUCAACAAGCUCAAAAUAAUUUAGGGGCUGCCAUUCCAGCAACUUCAGCUUCGGUUCCUCAAUUACCUCAAAAACCUACGGUAGCUAAAAACAAAACCAAGAGAAAAAAACCAAAGUGCACACCUGCCAAAGAAAAAUUUAACCACAAGGAACAUCUAAAUGAUGCGCUGUCUCAGAAUAAAAGCGGUCAAACUGGCUGUGAUAACAGUUAUGAGGAUGGCGAUAAUAACAAUAAUGAUAAUAAUGAUGAUGAAAAUAAUGAUUAUGACGAUUUGAUUGAUGAGGAAUCGGAGUGGGGAAAAAAUACUAUUCAAGGCACCAAUAUUAUUUUUGAAAAUGAAGAGGAUAUUCAGAAAUGGAUUGAAGAACGCAAAAAGAACUGGCCAACUACAAGAAAGGUUGAGGAGAAAAAGGCAGAGCAAGAAAAGGCCAAAAAAAUACUUGAAACAAUGACAAAGGCACCAACAGAUGCUGGAAAUGAAACAACACCAGCUAUCAGGGUUUGCAAUUUCUGGAUGAAGACAAAAAGGUGCAGAAAUGGUGAAAAGUGUUUAUUUUCGCAUGAUAUGGCUGAUAUUGCUAAGGCUAAGGCCAUGAAUCAUUCUUCCAGAAGAACACAUAGGACUUCCAUUACUAAACCCUUACUUAACCAUAAAAUAAAACUAGUUCAUGGUAUACCUGUUCAAAUACCUCAGAGAUUUACACCAUUAAAUAAUAGAGGUAAGUCUUUGCAUAAGUUGUUGGUAGAGGGUGACCAGUUUAAAUCGGAAAACUUGGAACUUCUGCAUCUUUUCGAGAAAUUGCUUCAGGCGGGAGUAAUAAAGCAAGAUUGGGAUGUUGUCAAAAAGAAGCUCAAGCUAGAUGAUGAAUCCUUGAACCUAAAAUAG